AGGGUAGAAAGAAGUCGACGGGUACCGUUUACAUUAACUCACGCAUUUUCACGUACCAGCAAGCGAGCAAGCAAGCAUCUUCUUGUUUGUUAGGUACUAACACGCGUUAUCUUACUCGGACAGCUUAAUUGUGUGUUCUGCCUCUCCUCGGCCACAAUAUUUAACACGGUCGGUGUCUGUGCCUGGCUUGUGCCUGGCCUGUGCCUUGAGAUACCGCAAAAAGGCCGUCACAUCAAACCGAACAAACCUCCCCGUUUACCAGCAACCAAACCAUAUCCUUCCUUAGGUAUUAAUAUUACCUACGUGACCAGCUGGUAACGCAGAUGCGGAUACUUGCAUUCUCCAACUGAAUGAAUCCCGUUACGGCUUAACGUUCACACUGAACAUAUUCGUAAUGGCUCCUAACUUAAAAGAUAUCAAGGAUAUCUCUGCCCGGAUCAGCUGUUUCGGGCGAAACCCCAAAGGCCAAGGUUCGACUGACAACGGAGAGCCGUCUCAGGUCCCCAAUUCAACUAUGGCGAAACCAUCGUCAAAUACAAUCCAACCCAAAUCGCAUGGGCCACGCAACCAACCGCUUCCAAUGUUUCCUAAAAAAGAUGACAACAACUUGCCGCUGUCGUCUCAGAUUCCAUUUGUCCCUGAAACCGUACCGGCAGCCUCCAGCAAGCCUUUCACACAGUUCCUGAAUCCAUAUGUUGUUGCACAUCCACCCGCAAGUGGAAUUUCAUAUCAGGCAAUGUCGCCAGGCAACCCCUCGGCGGGCAAGAAGUCAACAAAUAAACCAACCUUUGGAAGUCCCUUCGCUCAAAUCAACCCAUCCAGCAGCAUACACCUCCACAAGGGUCAUAGCUCUACGGCAUCGCACGACCAUUCUGGAUCAUCUCAAGGACCGGGCACGUCGGCUAAAUAUCAGGCGUCUAUCUCAUGGUUUCCACAAUACCCAGAGAUCCAUCCGCAUCUGCACACACAGCCUGCUCCCACCUUAGCCUCCCACGAUCCCAUCGAUCCGCCAUGGGGUCAUCCAUCAUAUUUCGCAGAGCCUUUACCUAUGCACCAUCUGCAGCCUCUUCCUCUAGGUAUCCAUCCAGCAGAGCCCCUAGCUGGCCACCCACAGCCUCUCCAUUUAGGAGCCGGGUCCAAACAAACUCCAACGUUGAACAACCAACCUGACUUAGCCUUUGGCCAGCAAAUGUGGAAUAGCUAUUAUCUCAGUCAAUUUGACACUACGCCGGAGUACUUUUCAGUUAACGAUUUUGAGAUGUUCUCUCCUUUUCUGCAACCAGGUCAGGCACCUCAAAGCGACAAGAUGGAAAUAGACGGCAUAAGCCUUGAGGACAGCACCGAGGACAGCAACGAGGAUGGCACCGAGUCAGCGGACCUAGAGCAAGCUCCCGAAAAUACAGCCAUGAUCGAAAAAACUCUGGCUGACUUGAAGCCCUUAGGAUUGUUCGUCCUAGGGCUCCUUAAUCAUGUCUGCGCCGGAUGUCAUAAAAAGAAAGCCAUGGGGCCUGAAGAUGUUGUGAAUAUGACGGCAACAUGGACUAGUGGUAAUGGGAAAGUUAGCCUUGGUCUGAAAUGUCAAGAAAAGUAUUGCCAAGUAGUCACAUGUCUCGGUUGUAGGAAAGCAAUUCCUUUCACUAUGAAAAACGGGUCAGACGUUACCCUCAACGUUGCCGGAUCAAAUGCCACCGUGCAGUGGUGCUGCGAUGAUGGCAGACUAGCAGCAAUCUGGGCUCUGGCUUGCGGUUGGAAAGUCACAAAGUCGAAGUCUCGAACUGGUUAUAUGCUCACAAAGGUUCGAGGAAAGGUCAAGAUCAAGGAAGCUUCAGUGCUCGACAAGCUACGAGGACCUCACCCGCCGGCCCCUGGUAAAGGAGUCGGUUACGGCGACGGAAGUGUUCCUCAUGCUUACUUCUUUGGUCAGUAUACACAUCACCCUAAGCGUCCGAUGCCAAAACAGUCCACAGACACUAAAGAGGACCUUGUGCACGAAAUUCAUUUCCGGCUCUUAGCUCUCCUGCUCCCAUCCUGCAAGAGAGCAGCAUCGUUCGACACUUCACCGCCUAGCCUUUUAUCACACAUAGUCUCGCGCAGCCCCUUACUAGAAAGCUCUGCAACAAUGCUCAGCAACAGCUCUAUUGCCGAAAUAUCAUCUAGAAGUCAACUUCACGAUUCAGUAUUGGACUUCUUCGAUGCUUUAGGAAGCCAUCCAGCAACUGCAGACUUAGUAUACACUGACCGCAACAUAUAUUACGAAAAUGGGGGCUAUCUUCUGGAGGCCUCGCUUAGCCCCGAGAAGAGCAAGGGUAGAAUUGUCCCGAGGGACACGGGGAAGUCUCUGAUGGAAUUGCUAGGGAGCAUGGCGGCCCAAUUGGAGACUCUCCUCCGGUAUGUCCAGGGAAACCCUGCAGAGUUCCAGAACUCAGAAGGACAGAAGUUACUAAAGCUUAGCCAACGUGCAAGCAAGGUAUCUACUCGACAUAUCGCAAACAUGCAACAACUCCAAACAACCAUGGAUAUUACUGAAGACAAGUCGGAUAUCAACUUUUCCGAAUGGCACCGCGAAAACUGUGUCAGAGAAGUCCCCGACGACGCCGUCUUGCGUAAUUUUGCCUAUGCGCGGGAGGCAAACAGAGAACCUCCUUUAUUGUCAGGAGCACGUGGGCGUAUGAAGAGAUUGAUCACAGAGAUUACUACACUUCUAAGCUCACUACCAGAAGGCAUCUUCAUAUGCCACGGAUCUUCCCGGCUUGAUAUCAUGAAAGUCUUGAUCAUAGGUCCUCGGGAUACGCCCUACGAGCACGGCCUGUUCGAGUUUGACUUGUACCUCCCGAUAGACUAUCCUAAAUCUCCACCAAGGAUGCUUUUCAAGACCCCGAACAGCAGCAGAACGCGCUUCAACCCAAAUUUAUACCAAGAUGGCAAAAUAUGCCUUUCCUUACUCGGUACGUGGCCUGGGGAGCCUUGGAGAGGAGAUCAAUCUACUCUGCUCCAGGUGCUCGUCAGCAUACAGGCCAUGAUUUUCUGCGGAGAGCCGUGGUACAACGAGCCAGGUCGGGAGGGCUGCAAAGACAAGACGCAGUCGGACAGCUACAAUAGCCAUGUUCGAAGCAUGACAAUGCAGUAUGCUCUGCUACCCUGGAUCAAGGCAGUCAAUGCGAAGGAUGCAACCCAAGACGCAGCCUCCGGACCCAGUACGAUGUCACUGUGGAAGGAGACAGCCCGGCUAUACCUACGCGCAAACGCGAAGGACAUGUUAAAUGGAAUUAAGGGUGUAUCGAAGUUGAAUAUCUUUAAUCUACCAGAUGCAUCGAAAGCCCUCAAGACCGCACUCAAGGCUGGCGGUUAUUUGGAUUAAAAAAUCCAAGGAUAUCACCACGGGGAGGCGAGCGAUUAUAGGGUGAAGGAAGGGUCUCGGGGAAUGGUUUAAUAAGGUAAAACCAGGCAGGCUUUUGGUGUUGACCCAACAGCCACAUAUACAGGCACGAAGGCCUGGCCCUGCUAGCAGGUAGAGCACUGAGAUUUCAGGCUCCUUCAGGAGUCAACCAGUUGAGUGACACUGGAAGCUAAGUCAACGCGAUGAGGAUGCAGAAACCGAUGGGUACCUAGGCAUGGCAAGUUUUGCUUACCUGCUUUUCAUUCAGACACAGAUCAGCACAGAUCAGCACAGAUCAAGUACAGAUCAAGUACAUGUGAUAAUUAUACCUUCUAGCUGCGUAGCU